AUGUUUAUGUUGAGAAUGUGUCUACUGGGACCGUUCAUUGGAAUUGUAUACUAUGGCGGCAUCGAUGAAACCGUUGUUGGUAUCACCAGAGACUAUAAGAAGUGUGUGGAAUGCUAUAGAGUAUUUGGUGAUGUUGGUGACACGAGGGGUGAUGCUGUUGUUAUUAUGGCCGUUCCUGGAGAGGAUUGGGCCUAA